UCAUACCCCCGCUUCGACGCUCAUAUUACCCUCGCCACUUUCUCAUGCCCGUAUCGCCCUAACACAUUUCAAUUGGUGCCUAUGGGUGCCAAAACGACUCCUGUGCAUUUCGAGUCCAUGCAGGUCGGAGACGACUUCCUCAGCUCAUUGUCCAUCGUCACUCAAAAGUCCAGCGAGCUCAUGCAGCUACGCGAUCGUAUUAUGGACCACCUGAAGGCGAACAACAUUCGAGUCUUGCCAAACCCUUCAUUUCCACGCAUGUCCUUGUUCUACCUAGAUGAAUCAUUCAAAGGAGAACGCUUGCUUCUUAGCAAACAACUGCGAGAGACAGGAAGAGUCCACGAAAAAAUAGGCGGGGAGAAAAAGAUGUCGCUGAAUUGUAGUGUGGAUGGUGCGGGGCCUGAAUUCGACGCCAUGGUAGGAUUUGAAGGAAUGGAAAUAUGGCUCGUUGAUUGCACUGAAGGAGUGGAAGAUUGGAACGUCCUGGAUAGACGGUAUCUCAAGCCACGAAUGCCCAAGGCCAAGGUCUACGUGAAAAGAGGCGAUCCUUACAUGAAUAUAUUUGGGAGUGAGGGGCCUGAUCCUUACCAGGUCAGAGAAAUGGCGUCCCAUAUUCCGAGAUGGGGCGAGCCCGGACAUUCUGGUAUAUACGGGCCAAUGGCACCAUAUUAUCCUCUGGACCCAAGGUAG